AUGCUAGCGCCUCUUCUCUUGAACAAGGCGGGCGUCUUGCUCGCCGCAUUGUCCAGCGUUGGUGUAGCUCUCGCCGGACCCGUGGAUGUACGACAGGCAGCCAAGGAUGUCGUAGCUCGCGCAGCCGAUGUCUCAACCGUCACAGGUUAUGCUCAUCCGUUGACGCUCACUGCUCUGUCUGCACUUCGCCCUGAUCAGACACCCCUGUCUUACGCCUCGCCUCCUACGGCUAUCACCGUUCCUACCAAACCACUACCGCCUGCCGGAGACAAGGCUGCCGAAGAAACUGGUGUCCAAGCUAAGGUAGCGGACGUCUCCGAGUCCGAACCCGCCGCGUCCCAGACCGACGCGCCAAGCGCAACUGCUGUCUGCACAUCAAUUGCUGGCACCUAUCCCACGGCCACCAUCCCCAACUUCUGCAACCCCUCGGCCCAGGUCAACGCACCCAGCUUCAUCCCGAGCCGCACCGACAUCCCCACCGCCACUGUCACCGUGGGCGCCGUGACUAACAAGCUCGACUGCUGCGUGCAGUGUGCCGGCAUCUUCAACUGCGUCGCCUGGCGCUUCGUCCCCGUGUACACCCAGGCGCCCAACCCACACCUGCCCGGUGGUUUUGACCCUUGGGGCCGCGGUGACUGCGAGGCCGUCUACCACACGGGUAACCCGGAUGACGAGACGAACACCGCGCACGACGACUCGGCGGCGAACCUGUGUCCCAACGGCAAGGUCGGCGAGCUACUGGCUAACAACGGUAGCGCUUCGACUAAGGCUACUGGCAGCUGGAUGAAUCUGUACUACAAUGGCUGGAAUGAGGGUCCCUGCGCUGAGCCCGUGGCGCCGUUUGAUAGUGGCAAGGAUGCGGGACGAGGAGAUGAGGCGAAUUUGUGUUCGUAG